CCCCCCCCCCUCCUCCUCCCUUCCCCUACCCGCUCCUUCUCCUCCCUCUCCUCCUCUCCCCAUCAAUUGCCAUGACGACCAACUCCGGUCGGAAGGUCAUGAAGACCAUCCGCCGCCCCUACCGGGAGCGGCCUCAGCUGCCGGGCCGUCGGAAGCUCGGUAUGCUGGAGAAGAAGCGUGAUUACACGGUCCGCGCUCGGGACCACCAGCAAAAGCGCGACCGCCUGAAGAAGCUGGAGCAGGCGGCCCGACUGAAGAAUGUCGACGAGUUCACCUACGGCAUGAUCAAUGCCCAGAUGAAGGGCGGUGUGCACAAGUUUGCCGAGCGUGAUGAAAACCUCACCGAGGAAGAGAAGAAGCUGAUCGGCACUCAGGACGCCACUUACAUGCAGCUUCGCGUGUCCCAAGAGCAGAAGAAAAUUGAGCGCCUCCGCGAGAACCUCCACUUCGUGGAUGUGGUGACCAAGAAGCGCGCCGAGGACUCUGGCAAGGCUGUCUUCCUGUCCAAGGAGGAGGCCCGCCAGCUGGCCGCCGCGUCGAAGCUCGGCGACACCGAGCUGAAGAAGACCCUGAAGGCCAUGGUCAGCGCCACCGGCGCUGCCGACUCGUCUGACACCUCCGACGUCGAGGAUGUUGUCCUCUCGGACGAUGAGCAGGAAACCCUCCCGACCUCCAUCACCAAUCUGGGUGACCUCAAGAGCAUUGUCCGUGCACGGGAUCGUGCAUACGCCGAGCUUCAGGCGCGUGUGAACCGUGUCGAGAAGAUCAAGAGCAUCAAGAAUGAGGUUGAUACGCGGCGCGGGCUGCAGGCCGCGCAGUCUCGCCUCCGUGGCCAUGCCGGCGGCGGCAUCAAGAAGAUCGGCACCGAUGCCCGGGGCAACAAGGUCUACAAGCUGGCCAAGGAGCGCCUGCGGUGAUUUCCUCCCCCGCAGAAUGUGCUUCUUCUCUCCUUCGCUUUCUCCUUGCGGCGAGCCGGCAUGAAUGUGCUCGCACCCCUACCAGCUUCCGGGUGAGGGGAACGUGGGCGGAUGAAAAGAAACACCAACAACAGCCCUGUCGCGCAUGUGGUGGCAGGGACCUGCCUCAAAUAGAUCCCAAAAUGUGUG